ACGUUAUAGUUUGUUUACUGGACCUAAAUUAAGUUGCGCUGCCAUGGUAUCAUAGUCCAGUUCGGUCAGGUUUUGUGUUACGUGCUGCUUUUUAUGGGCUUUAACAACUGUUAGAAAUGCCUCUUCUCAACAAUAUGUGAAGUAUUUGUUAAGCUUAUUAAUGUCUGCAGCUGACGUGUUAUUUUGUGCGCCUGGGGUUACCUGCAAGUGUAGCUAGCUGCUCGAAGCUUUCCGGAAGAGCAGUCUACUGUAAGCCCCGGCUAGUUCACUGACCCUCGUCUACAUGGCGACUUAGGACACCAUCGGAACUUCCUCUAGAUUACUUAAUUAGUUAAAAUGUCACAUCUUGACCCAGACGACGCCACUCCGUUGCUCCGGGACGAUGCAAGCAGUGAUGACUCCCAAGAUGAGGACUACAGAGGCCGGUGGAGGUCCAUCCGGGUCAUGUACUUCACAAUGUUUCUCAGCAGUGUAGGUUUCACCAUCGUCAUCACAUCACUAUGGCCCUAUUUGCAGAAGAUCGACAGCAGCGCAGACGCCAGCUUCCUGGGUUGGAUGGUUGCAGCCUACAGUCUGGGUCAGAUGGUGGCCUCACCUCUGUUUGGCCUGUGGUCUAAUCACCGGCCGCGCAGGGAGCCGCUGGUGUGCUCCAUCUUCAUCAACCUGGCUGCCAAUAUCUACUAUGCCUACGCGUAUCUGCCCAAAACCAACAACAAGUACCACAUGCUCAUGUCCAGAGCAUUUGUUGGCUUUGGAGCAGGUAAUGUUGCUGUUGUGAGGUCAUAUGUCGCUGGGGCUACGUCUCUGAACGAAAGGACUGGAGCCAUGGCAAACAUGAGCGCCUGUCAGGCUCUGGGUUUCAUCCUUGGACCAGCUUUGCAGGCAUGCCUGUCUUUCAUCGGAGAAAACGGCGUCACGAUGAAGUUCCUAGACCUGCAGCUCAACAUGUACACCACGCCGGCUUUACUGGCUGCGGUUUUCGGACUCAUCAACAUCCUGCUGGUUCUGCUGGUGCUCAAAGAGCACCGUGUAAAUGAAGAUGGAAAGCACAUCAGAUCUAUCAACUACAUCUCAGAAGAAACAGUCGAUAUCCUGGAUGAAUCUGUGGAAGCCAUCGACCAGGUGGCUGUUGUGACCUCCAACGUUUUGUUCUUCAUCAUCAUGUUCAUCUUCGCUGUGUUUGAAACAAUUGCCACUCCUCUGUCCAUGGACAUGUUCGCCUGGACGAGGAAAGAAGCCGUUCUGUACAACGGUAUUAUUAUGGUCGGCAUCGGAUUUCAAUCAAUCCUGGUGUUUCUUUUGGUAAAAGCAGCCGCUACAAGGUUUGGGGAUCGCCCCGUGUUGCUUGCAGGUUUUGGUAUCAUAUUCUGUGGCUUCAUUAUUCUUCUUCCCUGGGGAAAUCAUUUCCCUAAAAUCCAGUGGGCAGACCUGAAAAACAACUCUUUGGUCAGUCAAAUGUCUGAGGGCAACGGCACCGUGGAGCCCACAGGCUGCCCUUACGAGCAGACCUGGUGUCAGACCACCCCGGCUAUUUACCUCGCUCAGUACAUCUCAUCAGACUUCCUCAUUGGGGUGGGCUACCCGGCCUGCAACGUGAUGUCCUACACGCUUUAUUCCAAAAUCCUCGGACCAAAACCUCAGGGUGUGUACAUGGGCUGGCUGACCGCUUCUGGGAGCGGGGCGCGAACACUCGGCCCCAUCUUCGUCUCCCACGUCUACACCCUCCUGGGACCUCGCUGGGCCUUCGGCCUCAUCUGCGGUAUGGUGGUGUUGGGCGUCAUCCUCCUCCUCUCAGCCUACCACAGACUCAUCGCCUUUUCUGUUCGCCACGGAAGGAUCGUGGAGUAACAGAUUCUCACCACAGAAACUAGCAGGAGUACAUGGCUACUAAUGGUACAUUUGUCCAGACUUUCUGCUGUGACAGAAUCAUUUUGCUGCUUCUUAUUUUAAAUGUGGGGACUGAUCAAUUACUAGUUUUUAACUCAGGGUUUUAGUCCUAAACCUUAAUGGCAAAGAGAUUUUGAUUGAUUAUUUUGCUGGAACUGCAACUGACUUUUCACUCAUUUUAAAGGACUGCGAGAGAAGUUAACAAACAACAUAAUAAUGUUUUGCUGUUUCAGGAUUGCAAGAAAUUGGUUACAUAGUUUAUAUUAAGAAUUACCAGUGAAACACUUUAAAAUUAAUGCACUGUAAGAAAGGUACUGAUGUUAUUUUCCCUAAUUAUCUGAAUAGCUUUACCCAUAGUUGUUUGAAACUAUGGGAGUUUUCUCAUUCCUAAAUUAUUCAGAAAGUGAUUUCUGUGUGUGUGUACAGAGAUAAUGAAGUGAAUGAAGCAUAAAGUUUUUAUUCUGAAAUUAA